AUGGGCGCAAUCUAUAUUUUUACCGAUGUUUUAGUUUGGGCCCUACCAAUCCCCAUGGUAUUCCAGCUGAAGCUAUACCCAAGACAACGUAUUUUAGCAUUGUGCACCUUUGGAGUAGGCGCUUUUGCGGUCGUCGCAAGUGGAUUCCGUCUAAGUUCGCUUAUCGAUAAUUUAACCCUAAAUGCGCGGGGCACCUCAACUUUAAUCAUUGACGCGUGGACAAUUAUCGAGAUGAAUGUUGCGCUACUUUGUGCAUGUGCACCAGCUAUACGAGCCUUGGUUAUCUUCCUCAAACCCAAAGUUCUCAGUAAAGUCGGUUCUGCUUCGGGCCCAUCCCGAUCGGCGUCGACUAAAGCAUCUUCCGACCCCAAACAGAAAAAAGAGAUCGUCACCGAGACCGAGAAGACGGAUACUAAAGUUUAA